CGAUCUUUAGCAUCAAGCAUAAAUUCAAGCAUCCGAGAUGGGUAAUCCCAGGUAUAACCGUGAAGACGGCCGCGAGCUCGUUCUCCUGCAACACAUCUUCUCCCUGCCUCAUCUGGAGACCUCCCUCCGUGGCAACCCGGCAGCAGUCUUGGCAGAGAUUGACCGGUUCGCCCGAGAGCAGUCCCAUCUGAUUCACAUUGGCCCGGAGAAAGGCGCCGUGGUCUCCUCGCUUAUUGCCGAGCGAAAGCCGCAAAUCAUGGUCGAGCUUGGCGGGUACGUCGGGUAUUCGACCAUUCUGUUCGGCCACGCGGUGCGCCAAGCCGGAGGCCAGCACUAUUUCAGUCUAGAGAUCAACCCCGUCAACGCAGCCAUUGCAAGUCUUCUGAUCGACUUGGCCGGGUUGAAGGAUUUUAUCACCCUGCUGGUGGCCCCGGCGCAUUUGUCUCUGGCCCGGCUGAUGAGUCAAGGGGUGUUCGACGAUGGGAUUGAUGUCCUCUUCCUCGAUCACUUCAAGGAUCGCUAUCUCCCUGAUCUCUGGCUGGCCGAGAGAUUGGGGCUGCUGAAGCCUGGUAAGUCCGUGCUGGUCGCGGACAAUGUCUCGCGUCGUGGGGGUCGACAGGAGAUGGACGAGCCGAACAAGCCACAUUAUUUGGAUUGGAUGCGGGGCUCCGUAGAGCAGAAAGAAGAAAUUCUUCAACGCUUUGCAUUCAACGUGCCGUCGGAUGCGCAGCUUGCAGAGAGGGUGCGCGAGGGCGGUGAUGCAGCUGCGAUAUCUGCGGGGUGGGACCUUGCUUUGGUUCCUGGUAUGCCGACAAUGACCUAUGAGUCCCUAGAUCGGUAUUACACGGGACGAGACGAUUUCAACGAGAAGGAUGUAGACAUUGCUCAGCUGAUUGCACAGUAGGGAUUGUGUCCGUCAGACGGGUCGCUGCCAGGGACUCACGGGCAGUUGGAAACUAGUUUCGAUGCAGUAAUCAAGUUAUCGGCUCUGAAUUCAUAGCUUUGGUAUCUUAUGCUUGCCGAAUCUUUUCUUCUGGAGAACUUCUUGAUAUACGCG